AUGGCGUCCGCAGUCCUGAACUCGACCAUUUCCGGUCUGAGCUCGUCGGCUUCUAUCACGACCGUCUUCGAAGAAGUUUCCAAGUACAAUGUCCAGCUGAACGUCUUCGAGCGCCUCUGGGCCUCUUGGUAUCUCUGGAUGCAGAAUGACACGAUCGCGACGGGUAUCAUGAGCUUCGUCAUGCACGAGUUUGUCUACUUCGGACGGUCCCUCCCGUGGAUCAUCAUCGAUGCCAUCCCAUUCUUCAACAAGUAUAAGCUUCAGAAUACCAAGGUACCGACAUGGAAGGAACAGUGGGAGUGCGCCGGUCUCGUCCUCCUCAGCCAUUGCACCGUCGAGCUUCCCCAGAUCUGGCUGUUCCAUCCCAUCGCAACCUACUUCGGUCUUGACUACGGCGUCCCUUUUCCCCCGGCCUGGAAGAUGGCAAUGCAAAUUGCCAUUUUCUUCGCUGUUGAGGAUGCCUGGCAUUACUGGAUGCACCGGGCACUGCACUACGGCCCGCUCUACAAGUCGAUCCACAAGCUGCACCACACAUACAGCGCGCCGUUCGGCCUCGCCGCCGAGUACGCGUCCCCGAUCGAGGCCAUCGACGCCCACUCCGGCUACGACUUCCCCUGGAGUCUUCGCCGCAUCCUGCCCUUCUGGGCCGGCGCCGACCACCACGACCUGCACCACGAGCGCUUCAUCGGCAACUACGCCUCCAGCUUCCGCUGGUGGGACUACUGCCUCGACACCGAGGCGGGUGAGGCUGCCAGCAAGCAGCGUCGUGAGAGGAAGUUGGCCGAAAUCCGGGCCAAGAAGGCACAGUAA